AUGGGUAUCGUUGCUUCCAAGGCAGAUCACAACACUCCUUUGCUGAAUCUGUGUAAAGAGAGGAAGGAACUGAUCAGAGCAGCUAGAGAUGCCCGUUACCACUUAGCUAAAUCUCAUCUUCUUUACUUUCAAUCUCUUUUGGAUUUCACUAACGCUCUGAAUCAGUUUGUGCACAAGGACUUGAUCGUGAUUCCACAUUCGGAUGACGAUUCGUCUAGCGAGUUGGUGUGUUCUGGUUCAUCAGAUUCAGAUUCGGAGUCUGAUUCAGACUCUAAUUCUCAUUGUUUAGCAUGUGAUGAAUCUCAAGCAGUUCCGUUGAGCAAGGAUGAUGAUCAAAACCCGCAAAAACCCUCGUCUGGAGAGCAGGCUUGCGGCUCAAGUAACAAUGUUCAGGAGGGUAUAGAGAAGUCAAGUGAAGGUGUAGGGUUAGUGGAGAAAGUGCCCGUGAUUGCUCCGGUUGAAGAUGAGAAGAGAAACAGUUUCCAUGGUCACGAUCUAUUCGGUUUGUACGAUUUCUUGGCUAACACGGAGCUGGUUUAUACUGAACCGGAUCAGAGGUAUGAGACUGAGAGUGAUGUAUGGAGAGAGAUUAGGGAGAGAGAAGGGAUCCCUGAUUUGGAAUCUGAUAGUGAUCACAACGGUCUUGUAAGGAAGAAGAAUGUUCAAGAAAGCUCUUCAACGGGUAAAGACGCAGGGGAAGUUGACAAGAGGGAAGUGAAUAUUAGUGAUGAAGAAAACUCUUCAACUGCUAACGUUGUAGGUGAAGUUGAUAAGAGUGAUACUGAAGCAAACACUAGUAAUGGCAAGGCUGAUGAUGUCGAUGAAACGUGCACGGAAGAGAAGCAAACAAGUCCAGAGACUGCUACUGAAGUGACAAGAUCAGUCGAGGAGCUUAGUGACGAAGCAUAUGAGUCUAGUUCUUCUUCUUCUUCUUUUUGUUCAGGUUCGGGUCAUACUGAUCUCAGGAACGUAGUAGAAAAGAUCAAUAGUAUAAGCAAGAAAGCUGCGAGUAGCAGUGAAGUCUCUGAUCUGUUUGAAGUGAGUAAAGUCAUUCCUCAUCAACCAUUAGGAUCCCAAUUCAAGGAACUUGCUUCAAGAUUACUCGGUAGUUCCAAGAGCUCGACUCGUGCUUUGCUCUUAAGACAUGGCUUGCCCCAAGAUAACCUCGCCGUUUCGCUUUCCAUGACACUAGAGAAGCUUUACGUGUGGGAAAAGAAACUUCACGCAGAAGUUACCGCCGAAGAAAAGCUUAGGGUUUUGUACGAAAAAGGGUACAGUUUUCUAAAGAGCCUUGAUCAGAGUGGAGCAGAACCGAGCGAGAUUUACGAGGCCGAAGCUGAGGUUAAGCUUCAUUUAUCCAAGGUUAAUGUUUCGGUUCGAGCGGUUGAGACAGUUUCAAUGAGGAUUCAUAAGAUAAGAGACGGAGAGCUUUCGUUUCAGGUGAAUAAGAUCAUCAAUGUGUUCAAAGAGAUGUGGAGAUUCUUGGCGAAAUGUCACCAUAAGCAGUUUCAAGCGAUCACGAGAAGCAAGUCUUGCGUUCACGUGGUUGAAAAAGGAUCUAGGAAAGUGACGCAGAAGGUCGAAGAACAGAUGAGAAGAUUUAAAGAGUCUUUGCGAAGCUACAUUGAUGCACACAGAGGUUUCGUUAGGUUCUUAAACGAGUGGCUUAACCGAAACAUCAUGGAGGAGGACGACCAAACAAAGACAGAAGCUCCUGAGAUAUUUAGGGUAUGUAGCGAGUGGCUAAGAGAGAUUGUGAAUGUAGAUGAAGUCAAAGUGUUGAGUGCUGUUGAAGAAAUGGAGUUGAGAUUUCGAGGCUUAGGGUUUAAGCAAUUAGAGGAGGAGAAAAUGAGGUUGAGAACAGAGAGGUUGUGUAAGGAGCUGGAAACGAAGACGAAGGAAGUGGAGGAGAGUUGGGGAGCGCAGGCUGAGGAGGUGAUGGGACCGGAACUGCUGUCGUUGAGAGAGAGUGCGACUCACGAAACAGAAAAGCAUGAGGGAUUGAUCAGAGAGAUUAACGACGCUGUUUCAAUGACUUUGCAAGAGUGUUUGGUUCAUGUCUUCGAGGCCUUGGAGCGUUUUUGUUUUGGUAAUUUUAAGGCAUAUCAGAACAUUAGAAUCGUUUCGACAGAAACAGAAACUAUGUUAUUGUGUUAA